CCAGCUUAGGACAGUCUCUUCAACCAUGGCUAAGAAGAAUAAGAAGGACAAAGAGGCCAAGAAGGCAAGGGCCGAGCAGAAGAAUAAAAAGGCUCAGGCGAAGGCCGACAGUAAGGAUAAGAAGAGAGCGAAGAAGAUGGGCGAUGGGGAUGACGAUGACUUGGACAUCGAGACGGUUUUAGCACAGUUCAAGCAACAGCAGGAGGACUUUGAGGCAGUGCACUCUGAAGUUGUGUCAAGACCUGGCAGAAGGAUCAACUCGUCGAUGUGUGCGAAUCCGACGCAUGGUAAGCGUGAACUGUUCAUCUUUGGUGGUGAGAACACAGUUGAUGGGGUGUCUGCGUUUUAUAACGACCUCUACGUCUACGCCUUGGAGUCUGAUCAGUGGAGGAAAAUAACCUCCAAGAACAGUCCAAUGCCUAGAAGCUCUGCUGCUGUUGCGGCUCAUCCGUCAGGUAUCGUAUUGAUCCACGGUGGUGAAUUCUCCAGUCCAAAGCAGAAUACUUUUUACCAUUAUUCUGAUACCUGGCUGCUGGAUUCCACCAAUAAGGAGUGGACCAAGAUCGAGCAGAAGAAUGGACCUUCGGCAAGAUCAGGCCAUAGGAUCACCGUGUGGAAGAACUAUUUCAUACUUUCAGGGGGAUUCAGGGACCUGGGAGGCUCAACAACAUAUUUGAACGACCUGUGGGCCUUCGACAUCACAACUUACAAGUGGAAACAGAUUGAAUUCCCUCCAAACCAUCCGGUCCCAGAUGCGAGAUCUGGUCACUCGUUAUUGCCUCAUGCGGAUGGUGCUGUCCUUUGGGGAGGAUAUUGUAAAGUGAAAGCCGGUAAAGGCCUUCAAAAGGGUAAGAUCUUGAGCGACUGUUGGCUAUUGAAGAUGAAAUCCGAUCUCUCUGCAGUGAGAUGGGAGAGAAGAAGAAAGCAAGGAUUCCAGCCCAGUGCAAGAGUUGGCUGCUCAAUGGUUCAUCAUAAGGGCCGUGGUGUACUCUUUGGAGGUGUUUUCGACUACGAAGAAACUGAAGAGAGCUUGGAUUCCCAAUUCUACAACGAUUUGUUCACUUACUCGGUGGAGAUGAACAGAUGGUACUCAUUACAACUGAGAUCCAGUAAAAAGAAACAAGCGAAGGUGAAGAAACAGAAUAGAGAUGAAGAUUUAGAAGAGAUUCUCAAUGCACUCUUGAAGAAGGCCAACUUGGAAGAUGAAGAAGGCGAUGAGGAUAACGAUGACAUUGAAAAGGAACUGAGAAAGAUUGAAGAAGAAGAAGAGAAUGAGGAAGAACGGGUGCAGUACGAGGUUAGAAACCAAUUGCCUCACCCAAGAUUUAACGCUUCCACUGCUGUUGUCGACGAUACGCUCUUCAUCUUUGGAGGUGUAUGGGAAUUUGGCGAGAAGGAUUACUCAAUUGACAGUUUGUACUCUGUGGACUUGGGGAAACUUGACGGUUUGAAGGUUUAUUGGGAAGACCUCAGAGAAGUUGAAAGGGCCAAGUCAGAAGGCGAGGAAGAUGACGACUACUUUGAAGAUGACGACGAAGAUGACGAAGAUGAUGAGGACGACGAAGAUGAUGACGAAGUUACUGAUAGAAAACUAAUUGCAGAGGAUGAAGAGGAUGAAGAGGAGGAUAUCGUUGAAGAUGAACCUGAAAUUCCGGACGAGAGACCUUGGUUACCUCAUCCAAAGGCAUUUGAGACUCUUCGUGCUUUCUACGUUAGAACCGGUGCUCAAUUCUUGGAGUGGGCCAUCUCAAACAACAGAGAUGCACGUGGUAAACACUUGAAGAAACACGCAUUCGAUUUAUGUCAAGACAGAUGGUGGGAGAGAAGAGAGCAGGUUCGUAUCGAAGAGGAUAAACUGGAGGAAACUGGUGUUGGUGAGGUUAUAGAGAGAGAUACAACCAAAACUACCAAGAGAAGAUGA